GGCUCUUCCUGUCCCCUCCUCUGUCCCCUCUCCCCUUUCCCUUUGCCGCUCUCUGCCCCCAUUCCCACCGACAUCUCCUUCUUCAUCUUAUCUAUAAAACCACCCUUCCAUUUCCAGCCUUUUCUGCUCUCACAAACCAAAAAAUGGAUUCCCAGCUUUCAUUUCAGAACCAUCUCAAUCUCGAAGCCACCCAGCUUCGCCUCGGCCUCCCAGGAAUCGACGGCUCUGCAGACAACUCUUGUGGGGUUCGAACUAACAAGAGAAAUUUACAGAAUCACUCUGCCCCUCCACCCAAGUCUCAGGUUGUUGGGUGGCCGCCGAUUAGAUCGUUUAGGAAAAACACUCUCUUACCCAAGAAAACGGAGGCAACGACGGCGGCGGAGGGCGGAGGGAUUUAUGUGAAAGUGAGUAUGGAUGGAGCUCCUUAUUUGAGGAAGGUUGAUUUGGGUGUGUACAAGGGGUACNUCAGGCAAAGCGUCGAAAUUCUCGCACUUCACUCGAACACAUGCUUCCCGAACCCCUACGCUGCACCUAAUGACCUCUGCUCCUUCAGCCAAACUUCCAAAUCGAUCUGUAAGAAAGAAAUGUAA